AUGGAGCCCGAGCACGAGCCCACGACGUGCGCCAUCUGCCUCGACGACGUCGCUACGAUCCGCGCUGUCUGCGGUGACGAGACUUCGUGCGCCGGCGCCGUCUGCGUCGCCUGCUUGCGCGCGUAUGUAGCCUCCAAGCUUGCGAGUGCGAUCGCCGGUGUCUUGACCAAGCUACACUGCCCGCUCUGUGUGCGGCCGGUCAACAUGCACUUGUUCCGCCUUGGUUGCAGCGACGACGCCACCCGCGGGCUGCUGUACGACUUGAACGAACGCGUCAAGACGGCGUGCUUCAUCCGGUGCCCCGACUGUGACUCUACAACGUGCCUCCUUCCCGAGACUGAAACACUCUACGAGACGCACAUUGCCUCGCCCGAGUCUGAGAUACCAACGGACCUUGUGCUGGCCGGCGACGUGAUGGCGUACGUCCAGCACAAGCUCGCGGUGCAGGAGCUCUAUGCACGCGCGUGUGCCACCAACACGGCAGUUGACACGAUCCUCCGAGGUAUCGGCGAUAGCGAGCGCGCUGGUUUGCUCUUCACCCAUUGGAUGCACCGUGCUUGCUCGAUGACGACUCCGUGCUGCGAGCGCGAAGUGUGCUUCAUCUGCCAGAAGGACUACGAUGACGACCACGACUGCGACAUCAGUGAGUACGAAUUUGAUGACAUGGCGCAGUGCCCUGCAUGCAAGAUCUUCCUCGUCAAGGGCGACGGCUGCGCCUCGAUCUUGUGCUUUUGCGGCGAGAGCUUUAGCUGGCCAGAGCAGGUCGAGUGGACUCAGCUGCACCUGCGUGCGCAGGCUCUCUUGGCUACAAAGUCAGCCAAGCGCGCACUGGCGACAUACGCAAAGCAAUGCGUCUACCGUCGGCGCUUUCGGACGACGGUCGUGCCUGCCAUUGGCCCAUUUGUUCUGGCUCAGCGUCUGGCUGCGAUCUCAUCGACGAUGGGCUCGUCACCGACGUGGAUGAAGACGCUGGGCUCAGGUAUUGUGCGCUGGCGCCGUCGGCGGUACCUUGCGCGGCUUCCGGACUACGUCAUGACGUGGCGCCACGAUUUGGCUCGGCGCCGCUGGUCGUCCGAGAUCGUCUCGCGUCUGCCGGCCUAUGUGGAUGCGCGCCGGUCGGAGCGCAUCUCGGAGCGGCUAGCGUCGCCAGCGAUGACGCGCUUUCGUCGAGCGUUGCUUCGAGCUACCUUGCGUUGGCGACUGUGCUGCCUCCUCGCAUCCAAGAUGGCGAGCUUUCUCGAGCGCGGCUCCAAGAAGACGGAGGUGUCGCCGGCCACGGAUGGGGUUGCCCUGCCAGUCAUGCGCCGAGCCUUGACGUGCUGAGAUCAUAUCAUUAAUUACAAAUAUGCAUGACUUGACAGUGCU